UCACAUCGCGAAAAAAAUAAUACGUGCAUUAUCUGUGGCACGCGAUUUAUGUUUUGACAGCGCGGGAAAAGAAUGUGACAUUAUUUUUUUUUCAGAGCAUCCGAACGUGUUUACAGUUCUAUUAAGUGAUUCGCAUUAAUCUUGUGUUGAGAGUUAUUAUUUUUUUUAUUCACGAUUCGGAGGCGUGUUACAAAUAUUACGGAAUCGAUAUUGCUAUUAAAUAAAUAUUAAGCAACAUUAGUAGUGCACUAGAAAAGUCUGUCAGUGGUAUUUUGUUUGUGUUAUGAUCAGUGUGUAAAUAUGAAGGAGUUAGUUCAAAUUUGGAGUCGUGUGACGGGGCGAAGGUAUUCUUCAGUGAACACAGGAGAGCGGGAACUGAGAGAUUUCGGGAACAACAGAUUAAAAAAUAUAGACUUGGACGCUGUUAAUUUUGAUGCGAAUUUAUCGGAGUGUGAGGGUUUAAAUAAAUUUAAUGAUGAAUUGGACUUUAACGAGCGGAAGGAGGCGAUUAUUAACAGAUUGUUCGAGAGAAGGAAGAAAGGACAUGUUACGAGGCAACCAAAACGUCUAUUCAUCCUGCUGAUGCUAGGAUUCUUCUGUUUAGGGACUGGAUUAUUCAUAGCAUUUGUACAUCCCUAUGACAUAUUGUUCAGAUGGAAAAUUCUUUUCCAAGAUGGCGGCGAAAUUUUCGAAAUGUGGCGGAAGCCGGAAGUGGAGUUAUACGUCAAAGUGUAUUUAUUUAACGUCACAAAUGCUGAGGAAUAUAUGGCUGGGAUUGAUAAAACAAUAAAAGUGAAAGAAGUUGGACCUUUUGUGUACAGAGAAUUCCUAGAACACAACGUGACAAGAUUCAACGAGAACGGUACUCUAUCAGCCAUCCCCAAACACCCCCUUACUUGGGUAGGCGAACUGUCCGAGGGGAACAGCGAGGACGACGUGCUGUACCUUCCGCACAUUGCGCUAUUGAGCAUUGCCAACGUGGUCUCCCAACAAAGUUUUGUGACCAGAUUCGGUCUGAACAAUCUAAUCAGUCUGACAAACAGUCAACCGCUGGCCAAGAUGACGGCUCGUGAAUUCAUGAUGGGCUACAAGUCUGAGUUGAUGACUCUUGGCAAUACGUUCAUGCCUGGCUGGAUUUAUUUCGAUAAACUCGGCCUGAUUGAUAGGAUGUACGAUUUCAAUGGUGACUUCGAAACAAUAUUCACGGGGGAGACGGAUAUAACUCAAUCCGGUCUGAUCGACACAUACCGAGGUUCGACAGACCUACCUCAAUGGUCUGGCAAACAUUGCUCCAACGUGCAGUAUGCGUCUGAUGGCACUAAGUUUAAAACUGCUUUGUCAAGAAAUGAAAGUGUACUGUUUUAUAGGAAGAGUUUGUGUAGAGCUGCUCCAUUGAUACCAGUAAAAGAUGGAGUCAAAAACGGUCUAAAGGGUCUGAUGUACACGUUCCCAGAACAUAUGCUUGAUAAUGGGAAAUACCACGAGGAGAAUAAAUGCUUCUGUAGAUUCGGUAAAUGCCUCCCCGAGGGUCUGAUCGACGUGACAGACUGUUACUACGGCUUUCCUAUCGCGCUUUCAUACCCGCACUUCUACAAGGGAGACGAGGUUCUGUUCAACAAGAUUGAGGGUCUGUCACCCGAUAAAGAGCUACAUGAGACUAGAUUCUGGAUCCAACCCGACUCAGGCCUCCCUCUAGACGUGAGCACAAAAUUCCAAAUCAACAUGGCGCUUGGUGACAUCACAUCUAUAAAGAAUAGCGAAAAAUUCGCUAACAUGUAUCUGCCGUUGCUGUGGUUUGAUAUUCGUAUGCACAACCUCCCGCCCUCAAUGGAGAUGCGUUUCAAAAUGUACCUCAACAUUUUACCCGUCGUUGAAAGAGUCAUUAUGUAUCUAACUUUCAUAUCUGGCGCCAUUUUAAUUUUCGUCACAAUAUACAUUCUGACAUUCAAAAUAAUGUUCAAAUCGUACAAAAAGAAUUGGUCCGACGAAAAACGAAACAUGAAAGACAUUUACGCGCCAUGUGAAAUACCACUCAACGAUACAGAGUCUGACAGCCCAGACUCCAAAUACGAGAUCAGACCGUUUAAGUCGCAUUCUGACAGAAUAAAAGAAUUGAGUCAGAAAUUGAGCGACAAAGUGUACGACACUGUGCGAAUAUUCGAAGAUCGAAAGAAUUCGUUGAUCGUUCCCGAAGUUUCCACAGAAACGAACGACGCUUUCAGGAGUGAGAGUGACAGCGAUAUGAGAGAGAAAGAGAGCGACGAUGAUUGUAAAUACUUGGAAAUAAUCGAUGACGGUAGCGGGUUCGACGAUUAUGUUUACUUGGAAAGCGACAAAUUAAGGGAAUUGGAUAAAUAAAAAAUUAAAGUCGGUGUCACUUCUUGAUAGUGUUCCUGAUAGCCUAUUUGACACUUUUUGACUCAAAUUAUUGAUCAUGUCAGUAUUGUACAGUUAAAGUUAUCUGAUAGAUAGGCUAAAUGGGAUAUAUCAGGAAGAUGUGCCGGUAUUGGAUUGAACUUUGAAUAUAUCACAAUUAAAAUGAAUUGUGUUCGAAUGUAUGUUGGUUUAUUCUGAAGUUUUUGACAGAGUUUAAGUGUAUUGUGAGGAGUAAUAAUUUUGUGAGGAAUAUUUAAUUGCCCAUAAAGGCAAAAAAAUAAUAAAUAAGUAGAAAUUACUA